UACACCCCUUGUUUUGUCUUCUUAUAUAAGACCUGAGAGAAUGAGAACAAAUUUUCAAUCCCUUCACUUGUUCUUAUUCUCAUUGUGUCUCUUACUAGGUUUAUCCAAACCAGACCCUGACCCGCUUCAAGACUAUUGCAUUGCAGACACAACAAAGCCCCAAAAAAUAUAUCUGAACGGGGCUCCGUGCAUUAACCCGGAACUAGCUACCACGUCUCAUUUUACCACGUCCUCUCUAUCCAAGCCUGGAAAUACAAGUGCCAACCAAUUCGGGUUUAGUGUAACCCCUACCAACAUCGCUAAUCUUCCUGGGAUUAAUACCCUGGGCUUGGUCUUGGCCCGGGUUGACAUAGCGGCCAAUGGAAUUGUGCCACCUCAUUCUCAUCCACGAGCCUCAGAAGUGACCACUUGCCUCCAGGGCACAUUACUCGUGGGCUUUAUUGACACGUCAAGCCGGGUCUUCACACAAAACUUAAAGCCCGGUGAGUCUUUUGUAUUCCCCAAAGGUUUGAUUCAUUUUCUUUUCAAUGUUGAUUCAAGAAAGUCCGCCCUAGCAAUUUCUGGGCUUAACAGCCAAAACCCGGGAGUCCAAAUUGCAUCAGUUGCUACGUUCGCGAGUAAACCAGGAGUUCCGGACGAAGUAUUGGCGAAGGCUUUCCAAAUAAGUCAACAAGAAGUGAGAAUAAUCCGUAAAAACCUUGGAGGCUAAUUAAUUAAUUAAUUAAUUUUAAUUGUAUAUGAUUUAUGUCUUAUGAUAAUGCCCAUAUCCUAUUGUGUUUGUAUUAUUAUUAAUACUUGAAAUUGCGUGACCUUGGGAUCCAAUGGAGAAGGUGGGAAUGUGAUGUUUGGUUGGCUUUAUAUUUGAAAAACACCAUGUGGAAAGAGACAUUUUAACGGUCAUUUAUUUUGUUUAAUGAAAUUAUUAAUGGCUUCAUCUCAUUCCUGUGUGUGUUGACGUCCCGUGAAGGAGUUAAGUAUGCAUAUUUGUCUUUUUGCCCCCUUGGACAAGUUAUUGGAUUAAUUUUAAUCACUUUGAUGUGG